GAACUUCAGUAUAUAAGAGCAGGCUUCCUGUCAUGAAAUCAACAUUGAACUGAAGUCGUGUUUUCUGAUAGUACGAAGAUGAUGAACGCUGCGAUAAUUGUCAUAGUUUGUGGUCUGACAGUGGCACAUUCGGCCACCCUGAAAUAUGAGGUGAAUGGCUUAGAGUCAAAGAAUGACCAGAAGAACUUUGACAUUCAGUCUACUAUUUCAUCUAUUAUGGAAAGCACGACCGGAGUACAUCCCGAAACCUUCGCCCCCUUAAGAAUCAAAACGGGAAAAGAAGAAAAGUCAAUCAUGAACGAGAAAAAAAUGUCUUCACGUCCAUUCCAUUCCCAAGAAGAUCAAUCUCCAGCCUUCCUCCACAGCUCCGGAUUAAAAACGGAACAAAAUAUGUUCCAAUCUGGUCAUCCAGUUGCCCCAUCCGGAUUCGACAACUUCAACGGGCAACCCAUUUUUCCUGGCCGCGACCAGUUCUAUUCCGGGGACAAGAACCAAGAGCAGUUUGGAAACAGGAAGAGUGGAUAUGAACAGCAAUCAUUUUAUGGAGAUGACCAAAGCACACCUAGACAGUACAUAGAUAACCAAAACAUACCAAGACAGUACAUGGAUAACCAAAACAUACCAAGACAGUACAUGGAUAACCAAAACACACCAAGACAGUACAUAGAUAACCAAAACACACCAAGACAGUACAUGGAUAACCAAGACAUGCAGCAGCAAGGACCAAAUGUCUAUGGAAGCAGCCAAGAAGAAAUUGAGCAGAGAGAAUUUUUCGGUAAUCAGCAAAUUUCCCCCGAUCAGCAAAUUCUUUUCAAUGGCGCUCAAUCUCAGAAAAGCCAAGAGAAAGUUUUCCAACAGCAGCCAAGUGGAGAGCAACAGCAUUUCUACAGCAGCGGCAUGCAAGUUGGCAAUCACGGAGGUAUUCAAUCUGAAUCGCAUUUGAAGUCUCAAGUCUACGCCGACAAACAGUCAUUUUCGGUACAGACCCAAGGAUUGUCAGCAUUCGACACUAGAAAACAACCCCUCAUGCUGCCUGGUAGAUCUUUGCAUUCUUCUUCUAUGAUUGUCUCAGGAUUAAAUCAUCUUCCAUUGUUGCCAGCUUUGGUGUACAAUUCCAGUCCUGUGCCCUCCUCACACGCUGUUGCCAUCGCCAAAGGAGCCGCCGUUCGCCAACACAUGCAAACUCCUUACGUUCGAUAUGUUUACAGUCAUCUUUUGUGAGAUGACGUCAUGAACUUUUUGUGGUUUAGGGUUAAUUUGAAAUUUUAUUUUGGUAUAUACAGGUGCAAGUCUUAGGAAUAAUAAAUGAAAUGCUUUUAAAUA